AUGCCUCAGCGACAGACCAGAAGACAGGCCUCCAAGGCCCGCGACACGCCAGUUUCGUCCGAUGAAGAGCACGACAUGAAGCUCAACGGCAACGGCACCGCGCACCACGCCUCGGAUGCCUCGGGCGACGACGAACGCGAGAACAUCUUCCUCUUCUGGCCAAAUAUCAUCGGCUACUUCCGAAUCGUUCUCGCCAUCGCGUCCCUCUACUACAUGCCCCUCCACCCACGCACGUGCACUGUCCUCUACAGCGUCUCAUGCCUUCUCGACGCCCUCGACGGCUAUGUCGCCCGUGUCUUUGAGCAAUCCACUCGCUUCGGCGCUGUUCUCGACAUGGUGACCGAUCGCUGCACCACUGCAUGCCUCCUCGUCUUCUUGUCGUCUGCCUUUCCCCGCUGGGCCAUCAUCUUCCAGGGCCUGAUUGCCCUCGACCUGGCCAGCCACUACAUGCACAUGUAUGCCACUCUCGUCGUUUCGGGUUCGGAUUCGAGCCACAAGAACAUCGACAAGAGCAAGAGCUUCGUCCUGAACUUGUACUACACCAACAAGAUCGUCCUUUUCGUUUUCUGCGCCCUGAACGAGGUCUUCUUUAUCGCUCUCUACCUUCUCUCCUUCUCAUCCCCUCUCCUGUCUCCCCACCUGAUCAAGACGGUCGAGAAAACCAGCGGGGAGGCUCUCCAGCCUGGUGUUCAGGUCAACACCUCGAUUCUGCGACAAAUUUUCCCUGACCCCUUCAGCGCCGCUGCUCUCGAACUCGCCCGUGCCAACAAGAUGGAUUCUUUCUGGCCCUGGGUCAUUGCUGGAAUUAGCUUCCCCAUCAUGUUUGGCAAGCAGAUCAUCAACGUUGUCCAGCUCAUCAACGCCAGCAAAGGCCUUGCCGAUGUCGACAUUAAGGCUCGCAAGGCGCAGGGUCUUCCCAGGCCUAAGCCCAAGAAGGCUUAA